AUGUCUAUAUCAGAUAGAGCUAUGGUAGAACUUAAACCACAGGCUGGUUCCAAUCCAAAGUUGGAUAUGGCAAUUAUGACUGCUGUUCGUGAUAUGUAUGACCAAGCGAGCAAUCCAAACGGUUAUAUAUUUUGUUCGAUCGCCGAGAACAAGUUGUGUUACGAUUUGUUGAAGCCAAAGUUGGAACACGACCCAAAUCUCAGUCAGUUGCUUGCAAACUACUCGAUGUUUGGCGGUAUGGCUUGUUUCAAAAAGUCGAUUACCACCAUGCUCGAGAACUACGUGUUCAAGUGUGCCGCUGGCGAGGUGUCGCCGAACCACUUGCUGGUCGGUGCCGGUACGACCUGUCUGUUGGAAGCGUUGUUCUUUGGAUUGUUUGAGCCAGAGGAUUACGUGAUGAUUCCAUCGCCAAUGUAUCAGGCGUUCGUCACCGACGCACGUGUAAGAGCACGCGUCAAAGUUCUGCCCGUCAGCAUGACAUCGAUUGACAGCGCCAAUGGCGACAUCUCAUUCCGUUUGAGUGUUGCCGAGUUUGAAAAGGUUUAUGCCCAUGCCGUGGCGACCGGUGCUAAAGUCAAGGGUGUCUUGUUGUGCAGUCCAAACAACCCGACCGGUACCAUCUUUGGCCACGAAGAGCUGCUAUCGAUCGUUGACUUUUGUAAGGAGAAACAGAUCCACUUGAUCUCUGACGAGAUCUAUUCACUCUCGAUGUUCUCUGACAAGCCAUUCACCAGCAUCUACCAGGUUUUGGCUGGAGCACUCGGUGAUUCCGUUCAUAUUGUCUCUGGAUUCUCCAAGGAUUUCUGUGUCAAUGGUUACCGUGCCGGUUACGUCUACACUCAAAACGCCAAGCUAAUGCACUACCUCAUGAAAUCCUCUGUGUUCUUCUCAUGCAGCAAUCCAGUACAAUCCACUUUGAAAAAUAUUUUAACAGACCAACCAUACUUGAAGAAUUAUAUCGAAACAAAUCAAUCAAGAUUGAAACAACAUUAUGAAUUAACUACAAAGUUAUUGGAUGAAAAUAAUAUACCAUACUUGAAAUCGGAAUCUGGAAUGUAUUUGAUGCUCGAUUUAAGAAGAGUUAUGAAGGAUAUUACAUUUGAAUCAGAGAUUAAAGUGUGGGAAGAGAUUUUCGAUAAUGCAAAGGUUUUGAUCAAUCCAGGUAAAACAUGCAUGUUCGACCAACCGGGUUUCUACAGAUUCAUUUUCACUCAACCUGAACCAGUCUUGAGAUUAGCAAUCGAAAGAAUUGCCAAGGUUUACAAUAAUCUUUUAAAUCAAAAUAUUGAGAAAUUAUAUAUUUCAACAGGUCAGAUCAAUACAUGUCGAUUAUUUAAGAGAAAAGAGUUUAAAAUGGAAUGA